AUCUUCCUCAAGAUAUUAUGUCAAAUAUACUUUCAAGAUUACAUGUUAAAUAUCUUUUACAAUUCAAAUGUGUGUCCAAAUCUUGGUUAUCUUUAAUUUCAAAUGAAGAAUUUAUCAAACUUCAUCUUUCUCUAGCUAUUUCUGACCCAAACACAAACCAUUUUAGGAUUUUAACUAUGUCACCCUUUAAGUCCUUGGACUAUGAAUCUCCAUCAUCACUUGAAGAUCAUGUCGACGACGAUAAUGCCAUCGUAGAUUUGUUGUAUCCAUCCAUGGAUGAAGAACUUGAAUCUAAUAAUGUUGAAAUUAUUGGUUCUUGUAAUGGAUUGAUUUGUAUGUUAUUAUGUGACACUAAUAAAAUUUCUCUAUGGAACCCCUCAACUAGAAUCUCUAGGGACUUACCAAGUUUGACUUGUAAUUUUCAUAAUGAUUGUCCUAUUUUCAAUGGUUUUGGUUAUGAUUCGAUUAAUAACACGUACAAAGUUGUUAGGGGUACAUCAGAUGGAAUAGUCGAUGUUUUUUCUACAAGUGGUGAAAGAUGGAGAAAGAUUCAAGGCUUUAAGGACAUUUCUAUUUUUGAUGAAGAACAAGGGGUUUUCUUUAAUGGAACUCUACAUUGGCUAGGAUACAAUCACAUUAAUGGGGCAAAGAAGGAAAAAACCAUUGUCACACUUGAUUUAGGACAAGAGACAUUUGGAGUAAUGAAACAACCUAUGUUGGAACAUGAUGAAAAUGUCAAUUUUCAUAAUGUUGGUGUUUUACAAGGAUGUUUAUCUUUGCUUAACAAAGGUAAUGGACUUUAUUGUGAAAUUUGGGUGAUGAAGGAGUAUGGUGUUAUUUCAUCAUGGAUUAAAUUAUUAGUAUUGGACAUUAAUGAUUUUGAACAUAUUGGAUAUUUUGAUCCAAUUUGUUUCACAAAAAAUGGGGAGCUCAUUGUUGAUAAUGAAGGAUAUCAAUUGGUGAGGUACAAUAUUGAAAAGAAAACAUGUCAAACUCUCACGAAUCAUAAUGAUGAUUGGUUUCAACAAAUUGUUUAUAUACAAAGUCUUGUUUCACCGUAUGGUAAUUAA